AUGCGUAAUACUGCAGUUUUAGAAGUGUUUAUUACAACUGACCAUGCAUAUGCAGUCACGGUUAAUGUAACAAUGCCACUCUUCAAUCCAAAUUAUUUCAAAACGCUUACAGUUAAGAAUAAACAAGUUUUCAAAAUCAGAUUCAGCUUCAAUAUCCGGGGCAUAGGGACAGAAUUACGAAAUAAAGGCAUCCAAGUCCAAUCUGAUUAUGAAAUAGCUGUAUUUGCAGUUAACAAGGCAAUGGGUACUUCAGAUGCUUUUGUAGUUUUUCCUGUUGACACACUUGGACAAAGCUAUUAUGUUAUUACAUGGAACCAGAGAGCCCAAUUUUUGAUAGUUGCAACUGAAGAUAAUACGAUAGUCACUAUAACACCUGGACGAGGUGGAACGUCAAUACAUUUUAACAGCCACGUUUAUAGACCGGGAAUGACUCUCAAUAUCACGAUGAAUAGAUAUCAAACAUUUCAUUCAUCUGGCGGUGAAUAUUCAGACUUCUCUGGGACAUUUAUAACAUCUAACAAAGCCAUCGCUGUAUUCAGUGGUAGUCAAUGUAGUAAAAUUGGUUCUGGUGCUUGUGAUCACCUUUCUGCUCAGAUGACUCCGGUUGAGACAUUUGGUACAAUGUUUGUUACUAUAAAUAUGGCGAGUUGUAGCAUGCCUGUUUCUUUUAGAAUAUUAGCUAGUGAAAAUAGUACACAUGUUAAUAUAUCCGGUAGAUCGCCUGUUUUGUUAUCAAGACCAGGUGAUAUUUAUACCUUUAGUACUUCCAGUCAUUCACAGACAGUAGUUUCAUCGGACAAACCUACUGCUUUAGCAUUUUUUGCACAAGGUGGAUGCAGCUCAAAAUAUGGUGACCCUGCAAUGAUAUUGCUUCCACCAAUUCAACAGUUUGCAGCAGAUUAUACAUUUUCUACAAUUGAGUUUCCAUCUGAUCCAUUCAGAAGUUCUCUUACAAUAGUUAUUCCGGACUCAGAAAUAAGUGGUCUUUUACUUGAUAGACAGAACCUCUCUUCAAACAGUUGGCGACCAAUAAGUGGUAGUAAGACACUGCGUAUUACUAACAUUGCUGUAACGGAAGGUUCCCAUACUGUUUAUCAUAUAAAUCCAACAGUAACAUUUUUGGCAGUUUCAACUGGUAUUACGACCUAUAAUUCAUAUGGAUAUUCGACGGGGCAACGUUUAGCACCGAUCAAUAGUAAUUGCAGUACUACUAUACCAGUGCCAGGUGACAUUGUAGAUAACGACUGUGAUGGCUUGAUAGACGAGGAACUAAACGAUGGAAGAGAUAAUGAUGGGGACGGAAGUAUAGAUGAAGAUAUAGCCCAAUAUUAUGACAUUGAUGAAUGUGCUAGUUCCCCAUGCCAAAAUAAUGGAGAUUGUGUUGACUUAUUGGACGAAUACAGGUGCCACUGUUCAGUAGGAUACACAGGAUUGAACUGUGAGAUUGAUAUAGAUGAGUGUGCUUCUAUUCCUUGCAUGCACAGAGGGCUUUGUAAUGACAUGAUGAGUGCUACAACAGUCCAUGUCAAAACAACGCCACCUGCAUUGACAAGACACCGGGAUGGAAUUGUAAAUGCCUUCCAGGUUAUUAUGGAAGGUACUGUGAGAAAGAAACACAUGAAUGUCAGAGUACCCCUUGCAGAAACAAUGGGACAUGUUUAG